AUGGAAAAGAGGCAGAAGCCUGCACGAAAAGGGACCUUGCAGUCCGGAACCAAGUCAAAGAACUUGAAGAAAGCAGAGGGAAAAGUGGAGCGUCGCCGCGAUAUAUUCCUCAAACCCUUCUCUCUCAUCUUUCGACCUAGCGGCUCUGAGAGUGACGUUGCCACAUCAGGGGGAGUCCAUGCUGGGUUGAUAGCUCAGGUAAUUUCUAUUGCUGUGCUUUUGAAUUCCCAAUUGAAAGAGUUGAAUGACCAGGCAGCAUGGGCUGCGCAAGACAUCGCCAGCAAAGUAGGAAAGGGAUAUGGCGGUAAUCUGACUGAAGAGUUCGAAAACGUCGAGAUAAACAGCGUGAUUCCAAAGUCCAUUGAAUUUCACGACGCAGUCUCCGAACCAAUCCCAACCGAUUUCAGCAAUGCCGUUCAGGAGGCACAGAUCAGUGUUUUGGCCAUGCAAAGUCAUUCUUCCAUGCCGCAAGAGUCUUUCAAAACCACUUUCGAGCUUGUUUUACGCAAACUCGACUCGUUCAGCUCAAUUGUCGAAGACCUCGCCGAAAUCCAUCCCUUCGCCAAAAUGGCAUAUAAAAUUCUAUUCUUCGCAUCCAACGCCAUCGUGGAGCAGAUGGACCUCGAUAAUGACAUCCGCGACCUCGUGGGACUUGUAAAUAAAACCUAUAUAUUCGUGGAUCAAGCGCAUCAAGUCCAAGAUAUGCUUCCCCAACUCGAGAUUCUCAAGGCACUGACGCUCAAGACAGUUGAGGUGGCCCAUUUUAUCGUUGAUUAUUCAAAGAAGAAAAACUUUUGGGUUCGUACAUGCCAGAAUCUGGUGUCGAGUGCGAAGGAACGCAUAACUGCCUUCACAACCGAGUUCGACGAACUGAUGAACGACUUUCGUACUCAUAGCGCGUUGCAUACGCAAGUCAAUACAUAUCAUUUACUUGGAAAGCUAGACCGCCUGAGUUCUGAUUUCGAUCUCAACUCUGUAGAGUAUGCCAAGGGAGCGACCGGAUACAGUUCAGUAAAACAGUGCCUGGCUACUACCCGCGUUGAGAUCUUAGACGAGAUAACCAACUGGGUGAAUGACACCUCGAGCGAAUCCAACGUCAUGUGGGUGUCUGGAGGCGCCGGUACUGGUAAAUCUACUAUCGCGCACACCAUUGCACGCCGCUUCGCUGAACUUGGGAGCCUUGGAUCGUGUUUCUCUUUCGAUAAGAACGCCGCCGGUGAUCGCCGACAUGAGAAGAUAUUUAGCACCAUUGCUCGAGAUCUCGCGGACAUCGACCCUGCCGUCAAAUCUGCAUUGUCCCAAGUGUUGCAUGAUGCGCCGGCUUCUGUCAAGUCCACCACCGAUUUAUUUCAGCAAUGGGAGACGUUCAUCUUGGGGACCUUCAAAACGAUUUACGAUCGAGAAGAGUCCUCUGCUAGUAUCAUUGGACCUGUCUUGAUCGUUAUAGAUGCCUUGGACGAAAGUGGUGACGACAUCAAAACCCGCAGCGCUUUGCUCUCCAUUCUAGGGGGUGAGAAGGGGUUCAUUCAAAAUCUGCCUCGCAACUUUCGUAUUGUCAUAACAUCUCGACCUUCGGUUGAUAUCUACAAUGUUCUCAAAGACCGUUCCCAUGUCGUGAUCAAAUCAAUGGAUGACAUACCGCUAUCCAAAGCCUUAGCCGAUAUUUCUGCCUACAUCUCAAGUCGACUGCUCCCCCAGCUUGAAGACUUUCUCGAUGCAGAUCAUCUACAGAUCCUAGUCGGGCAUUCAGAUGGUCUGUUUCAGUGGGCGUACCUUGCGUGUGAAUACAUGCUUGGAAACUCUUUUGGCGGGCUCACAGUCGAAGAGAAAUUCGACGAUCUCUGCUCCAAUUCUGCAGAGGUAACUGGCGAUGUCCUUCUCCAAGACACCUACUACCUCAUUUUGAGCAAGCUAUUCGAUAUCAAGAGACCGACUGUACUUGCGCGAUUCCAGUCUGUCAUGGGUCAAAUUCUGGCUACGAUGGAACCGCUGCCUCAGGCAUCCUUGAACACGAUACGCAGCAGGUUUAUUGGUGUCUCAAAAACUAAUAGCGAUAUCAGCGUAAUCGUCAACCAUAUGGGAUCACUUCUUGUUGGAGUUACCAAUAAGACCGUACCAAUUCGUCCUGUGCACACGUCUUUUUACGACUUUUUGAAGGAUAAAGAUGCCAGCAAAGAGUUUUACGUGGAUACAUCCAUUGCUCAGUCAACACUUGCACACUCCUGCCUGGACAUUAUGAUUGAUAAAACUGGCUUGAAGUUCAAUGUCUUGAAUAUUUCUAGCUCGUUUACGCAAAAUCAAGAUAUUCCUUCGAGUGCUCUUGAAACUAUACCUGCGCAUCUUGUAUACGCAUGCAAAUUCUGGGCCAACCAUCUUGAGAAGACGGAGCCAGAUGACCACCUACUGUCGGCCAUCCAUUCUCUCCUCUUCGAAAAGUUUCUUUUCUGGCUGGAGGUCAUCGCUUUGACAAAGUCCAUGAAUAAGUGUGUCGAAGCAUUGUCGAUUUUGACCCUUUGGAUACCUGACCCUACUUCCGAGACAAAACUGUUUGCCGAGGAUGCUCAAAAGUUUAUACGAGUGUUUGGCGGAGUUCUGGAUGAAAGUGUCCCCCAUUUGUAUCUGAGUGCAAUCCCUUUCGCUCCCCGCCAAUCUGUAAUAUACCGGACGUAUAACCAAUUCUUUCAUCACACAUUAAAGGUUGCAGAAGGCCAUUUAAAUAAUUGGCCUACCUUACAGCUGACUAUCACCAGUCAUUAUGACGCUGUCAAUUCGGCUGCCUUUUCUCCUGAUGGCACUCUUAUUGCUUCUGGUUCGGAUGACGAAUCAGUGAUCGUGUAUGAUGCUGUUACGGCAGAGGAAAUAUACACUUUUGAAGAACACGCCGAAUCCGUCCUUUGUCUUGCAUUUUCACCGAAAGGAGAGCUACUGGCAUCGUGUUCUGACGACGGAAAUGUAAUUCUUUGGAACCCGAGAACAGGAGCGGUCGCCCACAGAUGGGAGCACGAUGGGGAUUCCGCACAGCACGUAGCCUUCUCUGCUGAUGGUACCAAGCUUGCUGUUGUUCUGGAGAAAUUGUCCGUAUGUGUAUAUGCCGUGAGCUCGGGAAAAAGGCUCAAAACAUUUGGGAAGAAACUUGACGACCCCUCGCUUUGCGCAGCCUUCUCACCAGAUAAUCUAUGUAUUGCCUCUUCUACGGAGAGCGGAAAAAUCUACAUCUGGGACGUAAAAUCUGGGAAUGAGCUUCAAAUUCUUGGUGCUGACGAUGAAGACCCAUGGACAGUUUCGUCUAUUGCCUUUUCGCCGGUCGAUAGUAACAUCCUCGCUACUGUAUUGCAUGACGACUCCGUCUGUAUUUGGGAUAUCGCUAAAUCCGCCAAGAUUCAUGUUCUGGAGGGACAUACCGAUUCAGUUACCAGUGUAGCAUUUUCCUCGGAUGGAACCAAAGUUGUCUCGGGUUCAGCUGACACCGACAUCAUCAUUUGGAAUGCAAUAACAGGCGAAGAGAUAAACACUCUCGAGGGUCAUUCUGACUGGGUACAAUCUGUUUAUUUUUCACCUGACGAUUCCCAGGUCGUCUCGGCAUCCAUCGAUAAUACGGUUUGUGUUUGGGACGCAGUGGCAGGGCACUCAACUGAAUAUGUUUUGGAGGGCCAUUCUGCCUGGAUAGCGGCAGUUUGCUUAUCGUCUAAUGGCGAUUUCAUCGUGUCUGCCUCUCAUGACUGUACCAUAGGAAUUUGGGAUUCAAACACCGGGACCCUUAUAAAAUAUCUUGAAGACGGGCAUGAAGAUCCCAUAAAAUGGGUCACCGUAUCAUCGGAUAACCUUUGGGUCGCUUCUGCAUCCGACGACGAAAUGGCAAUUAUCUGGGACAUCGAAUCGGGGAAAGUAAUCAAAACCUUCAAAGGUCACACUGACAGCAUCAGUUGCGUGGCUUUCAAGUAUGAUAACUCCAAGAUUAUCACCGCCUGCGACGACUACCUCGUUCACAUCUGGGAUGUAGAAACUACCAAAAUCGAUCUGGUGUUUAACAAGCACACCGAUGUCGUAUUUGCAGCCCAAUUCUCACCAGACGGAGAAAUUGCCGCUUCGUGUGGAUCCGACAAGUUGACCUACGUUUGGAAUUCUUCCACAGGGGAAAUUUUGCAUACCUUGAAAGAACACGAAGACGAUAUUUACAAUCUUGCAUUUUCUCCCAACGGAGAACAUCUUGUAACAGGAUCUCAUGACUGUUUGCUUUGCAUAUGGGACAUCAAGAGCGGUCAAUUGCUGAAGAAACUCGAGCAGGUUGAUACCGCCCUCAGUGUUGCAUAUUCCCAUGACGGAACAAAGAUCGUUUCCGGCUCCGACGAUCAUAUGGUUUAUGUAUGGGAUGUUGAAUCGGGACAGGUAGUUACUCAGCUUGAAGGGCACUCAGGAUCUGUUCAAGCAGCGGUAUUUUCCAAUGACGGUUCAAAAAUUGUAUCCUGUGGGGCGGAUAGAAUGAUCCGUGUCUGGGUUCUCGAAAAACAGCCAGGCGACGACCACAACAUCCAAUUCUCCAAUGUGCCAGAGCACGCUUUGAAGAUUACUGAAGAUUUUUUGAACUUCACUCCAUUGAACGAGGACGAUGAUAAACCUGUAACCAAGGUAUGGGACCAAGCGUGUGGAUGGGCGGUGGGACCGAAAGGUCAGAAGUUAUUCUGGGUCCCACCUCAGUUUCACGGGGGCCUCAUUACUCCCAGCACCUCGUUGUUAAUCGGGCCUCAAAGGACUACUCUUGAUUUGAGUGACCUUGUUUAUGGUUCCGAGUGGCCAAAGUGUUUUCUUCAGAAUUAG